CACGUGAUCUCGGAGCUCAAUAAAGAAGCUUUAAAAAUAAGAUUCACUUUUACACAACUUUACUCAGCCGUCUUUCGCAGCCGGUACCGAGCAGGAAAGCGGGAAGGAGCACAACGAGUCUUCUAAGGAAUCGGAUACAGGAACCAAUGCGCGCUUGCAUCAGCCGGCAGAAAGCGAACCGAUUUGAUUCAUUGUAUUUGAUUGACUUCAAUGACGGAGGAGCAUCAACUUAACGCUUUCUGACUGAAAUGCAAAAGCUAACGUUAGUUUUCCCACUCUGUCGUGUUUUAUUAGAAGCGUACGAAUAUUAUAAAACGAUAUUAAACUUUUAGAAUAUGUUACGCGACUAGAAAAUCUGCCAGCACGAAGGUUUAUUUAUUACUGAAACAUUUCGGACUGGUUCGCAGGGGAGAAGAGCGUCAUUAUUAGUGAUCUGAGCUGAGCUGAGGGUGGGAUCAUCUGAUGAUAAGUUACACGUGUUACAGUGCAAGGGUCUUACUUUACUCUAGUCUACCUCAAGAGCUGGACUAUCACCCUCACCAGUCUGAUAUGAGAGGUGCACAGGACUGAAGCCAUCCCUCUCAUAUUGCUUCAUUUCAUUUAUUAGUCAUACAAGUUAUAAUUUCGGUUGUUUACUCCACCACUUCCACUUGCACCAAAGAUGUCCUGCCUGUUGCUUGGAGUACUAAGGAGGCGAAAUGCCAUCAGUACAGCUUCAGUGGGUGUGCGGUCACUCGCCACCAUCCCCUCUCUCCCCCCAUCCGUGGCUGAGUUUGUGUCUGGCGCAGUGGCUGAAUGUAAACCUGCUAAAGUGCACGUCGUCACAGGCACGCCUGCGGAGAUGGCAGACAUCCUUGCCAACCUGGAAAAAGAGGGCAUGGUGAAAAAACUCACCAAAUAUGAAAACUGCUGGUUGGCACGUACUGACCCUAAAGAUGUGGCUCGCGUGGAGAGUAAAACUGUGAUUGUCACUAAGGACCAAAGAGACACUAUUCCCAUUCCCACCGGAGGUGCCAAGUCACAGCUGGGUAGCUGGAUGAGUGAGGAAGACUUUCAGAAAGCCAGAGAGGACCGCUUUCCUGGCUCCAUGGCAGGACGCACAAUGUAUGUGAUUCCCUUCAGUAUGGGCCCUGUGAACUCCUCUCUCGCUAAGUUUGGUGUUCAGGUGACAGAUUCUCCAUAUGUGGUGGCCAGCAUGGGCAUCAUGACACGCAUGGGGACACCUGUGCUGGAGAAACUAGCCGAGGGGGCGGAGUUUGUGCGCUGCCAGCACUCUUUGGGCCGACCGUUACCACUCAAAGCUCCUCUAGUAAACAGCUGGCCUUGUAACCCAGACAAGGUGUUGAUCUCACAUCUUCCCGACACCAGACAGAUCCUAUCCUUCGGCAGCGGUUAUGGUGGAAACUCGCUCCUUGGAAAGAAGUGCUUUGCUCUUCGUAUUGCCUCACGCAUUGCCAAAGACGAAGGCUGGUUGGCUGAACACAUGCUGAUUCUGGGAAUCACAAAUCCUCAGGGUGUAAAACGGUACAUUGCAGCAGCUUUCCCGAGCGCUUGUGGGAAAACUAACCUGGCCAUGAUGAAACCAGCACUGCCAGGCUGGAAGGUUGAGUGUGUGGGCGAUGACAUCGCCUGGAUGAAAUUUGACAGUCAGGGUAAACUCAGAGCUAUUAAUCCAGAGAAUGGGUUCUUUGGAGUUGCUCCCGGAACGUCCCUAAAGACAAACCCUCAUGCCAUGACAACCAUCUCCAGGAAUACAGUAUUCACUAAUGUGGGAGAGACCAGUGAUGGGGGAGUUUGGUGGGAGGGUCUGGAACCACCUGCACCUGGAAUCAAUCUCACAGACUGGCAUGGAAAAUCCUGGAAGUAUGGUGAUUCUACAUUGUGUGCUCACCCGAACUCCAGGUUUUGUGCCCCAGCUGGCCAGUGUCCCAUCAUAGACCCACUUUGGGAAAGUGAUGAGGGUGUACCCAUUGAUGCCAUUGUAUUUGGUGGCAGAAGACCAGAAGGUGUGCCUUUGGUGUACGAGUCAUUUAAUUGGCGUCAUGGUGUGUUCGUGGGUGCAGCCAUGAGGUCUGAAUCAACAGCUGCUGCUGAACAUAAAGGUAAAGUAAUCAUGCAUGACCCCUUCGCCAUGCGUCCUUUCUUCGGCUACAAUUUCGGCGACUACCUGGCCCACUGGUUGAGUAUGGAGACGCGCAAGGGCCCGACCCAACUCCCCAAGAUCUUCCACGUCAACUGGUUCCGGAAAGAUAAGAAGACCGGCUCUUUCCUGUGGCCAGGGUUUGGAGAGAACGCCCGCGUCCUCGAGUGGAUCUUCAAACGAUGCGGCCGUACCAGGGAAGAAGAGGCUGCCACUAAAAGCAUUGUGGGAUGGAUUCCACAAAACGGUGCCAUAAACACAGAAGGCCUGGGUGGGAAUAUCGAUAUGGGUGCCCUCUUUGAUCUGCCCAAACCCUUCUGGCAGAAGGAAACCCAGGAGCUUCGGACCUACUUCACCCAGCAGGUUGGAGCUGAUCUACCCACACAAGUGGAAGGAGAGCUGAGGGCGCUGGAGGAGAGAGUCAGGGAUUGAACAAACGCUACAUUACAUUGAUGUUGAGUAGAUGGGAAGGUUGAGGUGGCGGUUUUAAUGUGACUGUUGCACUGCAGUGGACGCUGCACCUGAAAAACGCAAAACCAAAAAGUUCAUUAGAUGCCACCAGUGGUAUCAAUACCUAGGUGCCUUAUUUUAUCUUACAGUAGAAGCUAAAACUCUAUUUAAUGUUUACAAGCUAUGUCCCAAAUGCCUUUUAGAUUAUUUUUUUUCUGUUCAGACAAAACCACAUUAUGAUUUAAACCACAUUUUUAACAUAUGUAUAGUUUCUGAAUACACUACCUAAUAUCAUUUUGUGCAAAAAUGUCUUCAAGUAAAGCACCAAUAUCAUCAUUUUUUUACUCAUACCGGUUACCUAAAGAAAGCUGAAAUUUUAUCUCCAAAGAUUUUAACUUUUUAUCAGUGGAUUAUGUUUGACAGUUCAGGUUGAAAGAUCCGGACCAAAGAUUACUGACAAGUCUCAGUCACUGAAAGUGUGCAUGUUUUUACAUGAGCUGACUGAAUAAAAACACUAAACCAUA